AUGGAGACUGUAACGUGCAGUCUUUUACAACAGUCGGCGUUCGUAUUGGUCGUUUCACACUCUACCUAAAUGUAGCCAGGGCUCGCGAGCUAGCAUAGUAGCUAGCAGAAUAUUGUUAGUGCUUUAAUGGCGUUAACAGCUGAUUUCAUUCACUUAGUAAGGGAAGCCUUGCCGCAGGACCUUAACGGCUAUGGCAGAAAGAUAAGACAAGCCUGUGUCUUCAGCGGUCAAACAAAACAUGCCUUCUACUCUGCACUGACCAUUAAAAUGGUGUAACAACUGUCAGAGUCCUGUGUGACAGACUUCCCUCAGAGAACUGGAUAUAACCUUCACAGGAGAUGGAGGAUUCUCCUCACUUGUACCUUUCUGAAUUUGGAGACAAUGAGGAUAUAGAGGAGGAGAGGGAGGAGGAGGAGGAAGAGGAAGAAGAGGAAAGGGAGGAGGAAGAGGAGGAGGACGAGGAGGAUAUUUAUCAAGAGGAAACUAAUAUGGAACCAGACAUGAUUAAGUCUCUAUACCCAGAUCUUCACAAACUUCCCAAUCAGAAUACUGACAGAGUCUGGGACUCUUUUCCCUGCCAGAACUGUGAGAGACAUUUUUCCAGCAAACAAGGCUUGGAACGACACAUGCACAUCCAUGUUUUGGCAAACAACGAAGCACAUGCAUACAAAAGCAAUAACAACAACAUGUCCUUUGGUCCAAAGUUACAUCAGUUGCAGCAAGAGAAGACGAAGCCUCUGGAUUCAGUAGCUUCAGUCAUGCAACUUCAUACUUCAUCCCCCAGUAACUCGAAUGCCAUUUUGUCAGCUGAAGACCACAUUGCUCAGCCAGACAAACAGGGAGUCUUAGAUGGCCAUCAUGCUUGCAAGUACUGUGAAAAGAUAUUCACCACACAUACCAACAAGCGACGACAUGAGCGCAGGAUCCACGAGCAGCACCUGCAACUCACACGUGUAGAAAAAAGCCAGCUACCCCAGCAGGAAAGUGUUCAGAGGUGUUACAGUGAAACAUCUCAACAGGAAACACAGCUUGGUGACAAUACAGCACCCACAGCUGUUCUGGAGAAUGAAGGGGAACGCACAGAACAAUACAUGCUAGAUGUCUCUAGCAAUAUUUCAGAGAAUCUCAGCUUUUACAUUGAUGGAAAGAUAGUGUCAACUAGUACAGUGAGUAGCUGUGAAGCAGCUGAGGUUCACUCAGGGUCUUCGACUUUAGUUGGAUUGGAUGCCCUGAUUCUAGACCCCGCCCAAAUCAGCCAGGUUUUAAAUACAGAUUCAGUUACAGGCAAAGAGAUACCUGGUCAACUACUGGCUAAGAGAAGAACUGCAACACCACCUCUUUUACCACAAAUUAAAACUGAACUGGAGUCUGAGGUGGUGGUGUCCUCUUCCUCAUCAUCGCUUGUGUCUUCUCUAAUCGAGAAUCUACUUCCUCAGAAUACAGAGUCCACAGUUGCGCAGAAGGAGAGAACAGUGUUUCUGUCUCCAAAGCUGAAGCAGCUCCUGGAGAAGCAGGACGGCCUUAAACCUACACUUGCCCUGAUCACAGAUGGUCAGAAACCUUGUUCACCUGUCUCUCUCUCUGUCCUGCCCAUUGGAACAGGAAGGUUUAAAAGAAGGACUGGAUCUCCAACAAGCUCUCCACAGCAAAACCCAACAUCUAAUGAGGAAGCACCAUUGCCAGAUGCAGGAAAUUUUGAUGCUGUAAGUACAGGACAAAUUGAGAUCCAGCAUGUCUCACCUGUGCACCUAACAGCCAAUGAGAAGGAUGAAACACCACCAUCUGUGGAGGAGCCAGCAAUUAAACCUGUCUUGACAGAGAGCUGGCCCCCCAUGACUGGUGGCAACUCCUGUAACCAGCAACCACUGGAUCUCUCGAAUACAGUCAAAAGAAAUGAAGAUGUAGCUUUAGCUGAUUCUGUGCUGGAUUUGAGUUUGCAAAAAAAGACCCUAUGUGAAUCUGAACUGACAUUAAAUUUAGUUUCACAGGCAGUUUUGAAAGAAGGAAAAUCAAAUAGAUGCAUGGUGGAAAAAACCUUGAUGAAUAUCGGCGAGCAAUAUGUAAGCCCAGGGAAUUCAGAGACUCCUUUAGUCACAGACUUUACCAUAGUCACAGGUUCAGAUGUGGUGACCCCAGUGGAACCUGUUGCAGAAAGUCUUGUUUAUGGACUUGCGCUACCACCCAAUUCUCUGACUCCAUCAUCCACCUCCCUUACCCCUGUUACCUUGCAACCAGCUUCACCGUGCACUAUAGCAUUUGCUUCCCCAGCCUCACACACUGUGCUACCUACUGCUCCCUCGUUGAUCACAGUUUUAGCAUCACCACCACCUAUUUCUAACCCUUCAAGCCAACCAAUCCAGGUAUUAGCCCCAGAUAUAUCUCCUGACCCCUUGGUAAUCUGCACAGAAAAUACAUUAAAUUCUUCAGAGUGUGAUUUAACUACUGCAUUUGCCACUACAAGUUCUGCAAACCUUGUCACUCUCUCCCAACCCCUUGACCCGACUUUAAAUCUACCUGGCCACGUGUUUCUCACAGAUCAGAUUGCUCUCAAUCCACCUAUAGUUGACUCCACUCCUGUUUCAGAAGUACCAUUCACACCCACUGUGACUUUAAAUGACUCCCUCAUCAACUCUUAUAACAUUACCAGCAACACAGUGUUGAUAGAGUGCACAAUAGCUCUUGAAGCCCAAGGGAGUGUAGUCCCUGCUGCAAUUACCUUACAAGAAAACACUUCUGAGGCUCCAGCACCUACACAGAUGGUUGUUAAUCACAUAGAACAGCAACAGAUUGUCUCAGUUCCAAACUCGCAAACUGUGGAACCCACUAUUCUUGUGUCUUCCAUCGCAGAAUCUGUAACUCUGGCCACCGCCACUUCAGUGGUAUCUGAUUGUUCUUCUGUGGGUGAAUCAGGUCCUGAUCCAGAACCUGUGGUUGAUCCAGAACCUGUUGGUAAUGUAGAGCCACCAACCAUGAAAGAUGAGGAAGCUGCUGACAGUGCUGUUUCUGUACCGGAAAUCCCAUCUAAAACUUCCCCCCCUUCGGAGAAAACUGAAGAGGACAAAUCCACAAAUAAUACAGCAAGUGAUGUAGAACAGCAAACUUUCACCAAGAAUUUCAUCUGCAAUGUAUGUGAUAAGCUUUUCCAUUCAAUGAAAGAACUAGGCCAUCAUGUAGGUGACCAUGCUGAUGAAUGGCCCUACAAGUGUGAAUUCUGUGUGCUGCUCUUUGACGAGCCCUCCGCUUUGCUUGACCAUCGUUCAAGCCUCCAUGGUGUUGGCAAGACUUACGUUUGCAGUGCAUGUACAAAAGAAUUUGUCUACCUUUGCAAUCUGAAACAACAUCAGGAGGAAUUACAUCCUGGCCAGCAAUGUACAUACACAGAAGAAGAAAAGGGAAAACUAAGACCUCAGAACUACAACUACCUAACAAAGGUCAACACGGAGCCUUCAGUGCCUGAUGUUCCAAAGGAACCCAAGAGAUUGGUGAAAAAGGAGGAGGGUGAAGUAGACAUAGCUGCUGAAGAGCUGUUUACAACAAUAAAAAUCAUGGCCUCAGAUGGAGGCAAAAUCAAAGGGCCUGAUGUUCGUCUUGGUAUUAACCAACACUAUCCCAGCUUCAAGCCUCCUCCAUUUCCUUAUCAUAACAGAUCACCCGCUGGCUCAGUGGCUUCAGCCACUAACUUCACCACCCACAACAUCCCACAAACCUUUAGCACAGCUAUUCGGUGCACCAAGUGUGGAAAUAGCUUUGAUAACAUGCCAGAGCUACACAAGCAUAUUCUGGCUUGUGCAAAUGCCAGUGAUAAAAGGCGAUACACACCCAAAAAGAAUCCUAUCCCUCUGCGGCACUUUGCCAAAACCCAGAAUGGAGUACUGUCAACUACUAAUUCUACUAAUGGACUAAAUGCUUCGAACAGAGCCAGACAGUCAAACAGGUCCAAACAUAACCAAGAAUCACCAGUAAAGAUGAAAUUCAAAGUACUGAAUAAAAGGAAGAAAAAGUUGGUCCAAAGGGUUAUACCGCAGAGGAACAAGUCAGUCCCUUCAUCAAAUAAAGUAUCGUCUGCACAGGUGGAUGAGCAGCAGGAGAUAUUUGUCUGCCCACACUGUAGCAGGGAGUUCACAAUGCGUCGCAGCAGAACCAAACACAUGGCCGUGUGCCCAAAGAAACCUAAAGAGGUGAAGAAAAGGAAAGAGGGAGGAAUCUCUGUGACAAAGGAAAAUGAUGGACACCUUCAUAGAGGGGUUUCUCAUGUUGAAGAGAAACAACAACAAGCCUCACCUCAGCAUAAAACUAGAUUCCAGACUUCUGGCCCUGCUAAGAGGCCUGCCAUCCUACCAGUGCAGACUGUUUUUUCCAACAAAAGAAGUAAAAUAAUCAUAAAAGAGAGCACGCAGCCAAAACAAGAGACAUCAACUCUGAAUGAACUUCCCAUUGUUCGCACUUUCAACCCCUCUAUGCGCCAGUAUAGCAGAGUGCAGAAUAGUGUUAAAAGAAUUCCCAUUAAAAUCACUAUUGUGAAACCACAACAGACUUCCCCACAGAAGGAUGAGCUGCCUCCCACCCAGAGCCGAGAAGAGUCAACUGGAGGCGUUACCAACAGCUCUGAGCAGAGCGCUACAGCAUGAAGAGUACCCCACGCCCACCAGAGGAUCAGCAGGCCCCUGCUGUAUGGAACUCCUCAUACAUCUUCAGUCAUACUAAAGGGAGAUACCUGCUAAUCACACUGUAAAUCGCAUUGAUUGCAUUAUACUGUACAAUAACAAUGACUGAAUUCAGGAUGGAUGAAACAGGCGACUGAGGAUACUGCAGUGAGUGGAUGUGUUUAACUGAGUAUUUGAAUGCUUUUGUAGUAGCUUGGGGUUUUGUAGAUUUCUCCUUCAUUUCGUAAACUUUCUGUCAACAGCUUGGAUUUGCACUUUGAAGUUAAUCUGACUGCUACAUGUCUCAAAUGUGGGUUAUUUAGAGAGGAUGGAAGGUGGCAAUCAUUCAGCAUGCAUUUGCACUUUUCCUUAUCUGUUUUAUGUGGCCUUUUGGUUUAGCUCUCACUGCAUGCUAUGAGCUUGUACUAUAGCUACCUUAUGUUAGAUUCGGGUAUGUUGAUGCAAUUAGGCCUUACACAGUGAAUCUAGGGUUGCUCUCUUGGUCUGUUUGACAGUAACCAGUGUAAUUACAUGUAAGAUACAUUAAGAUUCUGUCUAAACGGGAGACUACAGAAUCAUAGAAAAGUAACAUGCUCUAUAGUGCAGUGUAACACUGGCCACAAGCUACCUGUCAAAAUUCUUGUUUAGGAUAUCAGCACUGUUGAUUGCUGUUAGGGAAGUCAGUGUUUUCAUUAAUGGUGUGAAUGUAACAUUUAGUAGAUUUAAUGCUAUAGCCUUUUCAAAUCAAAAAUGUGGAUUAUCUGGACAGCCCAGUUGCUAUGUAUUUGUAUGAGAGAUUUGAGAAUAAUGCUGUUAAUGUGCCAUCAAAUGUAUAUGAUAUGACUAAAUGUGGCAUAAAAGUGAUGAAGAGUAAAAAGUUAAGUAAAGUUUAUUGAUUCCCACAUGAAGAAUUUAUUUUGGUGGUCCAACCAAAUAGAUUCACCCCCAUCUAAACAGAUUUAUUUGUAUAUUUUGUCCCUUCAGAAGUCUGUGUCAAAGUAUCUGAAAAUGCAGAUUACUGCACUGCACUGAUGUGCUGUUACAUCUCGAAAAAAAACAUUAGCUUGUGAAUGCAAUGCAAUGCUCUUUUUGCAUACUAAUCUCAUAUCUUAGAUUUUCAAGCUCAUAGGCCACCAAAAAUAAAUUUUCAACUUUUGUGAAACACUGUAGUUUGAUGUGUUUACACAGCAAUCUCAAACAGAAGUACUAUAGUAUUCUGUACAGCUUGAAUAUAUCAUUGCCAGUUUUAAAAUAAGAAGUGUUCAGUUUUGAACAGCACUGACACAGAUGACUCCAGUAAUUGGCUUCCCUGCAUUUCUUCUGAAAUCCUGAAAUAUUUAUAGUUGUCCAGUUUGUUUUAGGCUUUAUUUUGCACCUCUUCUACAAAUCCCUGUCAAAAUAUGAUUUUUAUGUGGGUUUUUUUCCCCCUGUACAAUGACUAGAAAUAUUCAUAUUAGAAGUUCAGUCUGUUUAGGUCUUUGUCAUCUGUAGCAUACAUGCGCUUCAUCAAUGCUUAUAAUCUGUGUGAGUUGUCAACAAUUUAUUGUGUGAAGUUUGUGUAAUGAAUUCAUCAAGUAUAAAUCACAAAAUGGAAAUGUUAGCUCAAUUAUGGGGUCAUUUUUUCUGAAACCCCGUAGGGACAUAUUAAGAGGUUUGUGGCAAAUUAUCACUAAUCUCAAAGAUUGAGUGUGUAAUGCAUUGUAUCUGUUGUAUUUAAAUUUUUAUAACCGACUAGUUUGAAGAUACAGUCCUAUACAGGGUAUUCAUUUCAUUAUAAUUGAACUUGGUUACAUUAAUUUAGGCAAGCUAAAACUUGACAAUGGUCUGUAUCUGAGAGUAAUGGUACAUGUGUUUUACAAUUUUGCCUUUUCAACCCUCACUGGUAAUAUUUCUUUCAUUCAGAAAGACUUUAAUGUGUUGGAUGUACAGGAUGGUUUGGGAGACUGUUAUUUAACUGUGAAAAGUGCUUGUAGCAUUUCGAAGUGUAAAUUAAGUCAUAUAUUUAUUAAUUAUUUAAAAUCACGUUAUCAAUCUUUGAAUGGUUUCUCUGUAUGAUUUGCACUAAAGUUUUUCAAGCGAGUGUUCAAAAUAAAUGGAGAAUGUUAA